AUUGAAGCUCUCAGCAGAAAAAAAAUGGCUGCAACUGGUAGUGGAUUCUUGCUAGUUAACAAGCACGUCCAAGUCCAGGCCUUUCAAAAGAAAAAAAUCAACCAAAUGAAAAAAUUCGUCAAUGAUGAGAUGCUUAUGGCUUCACCAUCAUCUAGAAAGAAGGUUAUUUCCCAAGAAUAUGGUGUUUGGAAGAAGCAUUUUGCUUGUGUCAGUGCGACCACUACUGAGAAAACGCAGAAAUUUAAUCCUUGGAAAUCAAACAGUACUGUUGCCACUGGUGGAAGUGGAAGAUUGGUGCAAGAUGGCCUCGUUUACAGGCAAAGCUUUUUGGUUAGAUCAUUUGAAAUAGGCUUUGACAGAAAACUAUCCUUGUCUGCCUUGACCAAUUAUUUACAGGACACUGCAAUUGACCAGUGUAGAGUUAUCGGGGCAUCGGCAGAUGGUUUUGGUUCAACACCAGAAAUGAUUAGACAGGAUUUGAUAUGGGUAGUCUCCAGUUUGCAGAUAGUAGUGGAUAGCUAUCCUUCCUGGCAUGAUGUUGUUCAAGUAGACACUUGGUUUUAUCCAUCAGGACAAAAUAGUUUAAGCCGUGACUGGAUUGUUCGUGAUGGUAAGACAGGAAAUACUUUGGCUCACGCAACCAGUCUAUGGGUGUUGAUGAAUAAGAAAACAAGGAAAUUAUCCAAGCUUAAAAAGGAAAUCAAAGAAGAGUUAGCUCCUCAUUUUAGGAAUUGUGAUCCUAUCAUUACUAAGGAUAGCAGAAAAUUGCUGCAACUCGAUGUUAAUACAGCAGAUUAUGCUCGUACAGGUUUAACACCUGGUUGGGAUCAGCUUGAUCUCAAUCAGCACGUGAACCAUGUUCAAUACAUUAACUGGAUUCUUGAGAAUGUUCCCCGCUCUUUCGUAGAACAUCACAAGCUUUCUGCCAUAACUUUGGAGUACCGGAGAGAGUGCACCACAGACAGCGUACUGCAGUCUCUAGCUAAAAUUGUUAAAAACGGCAUCUGUCAUAAUAAUAGUAAUAAUGUGAUAGAGUUGAAGCAUUUGCUCCUCUUGGAGAAUGGCUCCGAAAUUGCUAAGGGAAGGACCAUUUGGAAGCCAAGAGAGAUUCCAGUAGAAAAUGCUAGCCAGCAUAAGUAAUACUGUCAAAGGAAAACGAUAAGAAAGAAUAAACAGCGAAGAAGAUCAUCUGGGGUGAUUUUUCUUUUAUUUGCGUAUUAAAUGAAAAAAAAAAAAAAGGAAAUUGCAUUCGCUUGCUUGUAUGGAUGGUUGUAUUUGUACGGGAUUUUCAUUCUACUAGGAAUUUAUUUCCUUUUAUUUAAUUAAGAAAGGGCAUUUGUUUUAUGCUUUGAGGAACUACAAAUCAGAUGUUGUAAAACGCCAAUUUCUUAUCCUUUCUUCACAUCCUCUGUUAAAGCAUGCGUUGAAUUUAUUAAAUGGCCCAAGUUUUGAUC